AUGCGGCAGGCCACGGGGAGGAAAUGCCAUAAACCCGGGCCCCUGCUCUUCCGAGAUGACCUCUGUAACGUCCGCCGGGGCAGCGGGGCAGCCCGGGACGCCGACCGGUCCCUCGGCGCGGACAGCCGGCGGGGGCGGAGUCGGUCCGCGCCCCCGACGCGCUCCCGGGGCUUCGCGCGGCGCGGGCGGCUCCGUCCUCCUCCGCGCGUCGCGCUCCUGCCGCCCCGGGGCCGUCCGGGGCCUCCCGCCGGGUCCCAAGCCCCGCGUCCCCGGUCCGGGCUCUCCGGCCCGCCCUCCCGUCUCCCUCCCUCGCCCUCACGCCGCCACCCUCCCCGCACGUCCGUCCGGGCCGCGGCCGCCGCUCGGAAAGCCCCGCCGGCCGCGCGACCCGAGGACACUGCGCCCCGGGGCCCGACCGGCCCCCGCCCCGUCUGCGGCCCCGCCGGGGUCCCCGCGCCCCGGGCCCUGCUGACCCGCACCGUCCGGCCCGCGCCCCGCGUCCCCCGUUCCCGAGGCUUCCGCCCGCCGCGGGCACCUCACCGGCCCCGACCCCGGCCCCGACCCCGGCCCGGCGGCGUCCGCGCGGCUGGACAGCGGCCCCCGGAGCGCCGGCCCGUCCGUCCCGCCCAGCGUCCGCGCGUCCUCGAACUCGCCGGACCCGGGCGACCCCCGCCUCCACGCCUCGUUCCAGAAGCUUCCGCGCCGGCCCUCGCGGCCCCCCGCCCGCCGCCAGCUCCCCCUGCGUCGGCCGCUCCGGGCCCCGGUGUCGCCGGCGACUCGGGCGCCCAGGCCGGGGGCGGGUGGGCGAAGGCCGCCCGGAGACCCCGCCGCUCCCGUGACCCGCGCGCCCCAGUGCCCGGCGCUCCCUCGGCCGCAGCGCGCAGGAGGGGCCGGUGGGAGGCGACCCCGCGGGCCACCUACCCGGCUCCCCGGCGCCUCCAGCGUCUGCCGGCCCGGCCGUCUGCGCACGCGCCCCGCCACGGCCGAGCGGUCCUGGUCGUCGGCGUCUGCGCCCGGACACCCGCUCCGGAGAGGGCGCCGGGGACUGCGACGGGUCACUCGGCUGAACUCCAACGCCCGGCGUGCAUCGCGCCGCCCGGGGGCUCACGGGACCCAAGCGCACCUUGUCCUACAAAUCCCGACGUGCACUGCGCCGUCCGGGGGCUCACGGGACCCAAGGGCUCCCUCUCCUACAAAUCCCGACGUGCACUGCGCCGCCCGGGGGCCGACGGGACUCAGGCUCCGCCCCCCUACGCGGGCGCCCCUCCCGCCGGCGGCGUCCUCUGCGGCGGCGCUCCGGAGCGGUGGACGGGCCGUCGGGACCCUCCCCGCGCAGGACCGCGUCCGGGUCCCCGCCCCGGGGGCGGACUUGCGCCCUGGAAAGGGAUGCGGCUGAGGCGCGCCCCUGUCGGCUCCUCCGCUGCGGGCGCCGGAGAGCGCGGCCCAGGACGCACGUCUGCCGGGUCGUGCCCAGGUGAGCCGCGCUCGCGGCCGGGGCGCGGGGGCCUCGAGGCUCGGCCCGCGGCGGUCUGCGCUCCCCCGGCCCCUCGGCCGCUGCUGCUCCCGCGGGCGGCGGGCCCGCUCCUUGCCCCCGGGUCGCGCCCUCUGCCGGCGCCCCGCGCCCCCCCGCCCCCGGGUCGCGCGCACGCCCGGCCUCCUGGUGCGCGGCCCCUUCGCGUCCCGCCGCGGCCGCCGCUCGGCUCCCAGGUUCCCGCCUCAGACCCCGCGCGGCAGCCGGAGCCGCUCGUGCGUCCCUGCGGCCCCGGAUCGGGGCAGGGCGGCGACCCCCGCCGGCCGGCUGACACCGCGGGACCCGGAGCGGCCGUCGGGCCCCAGCGAGCGCGGGUGCCUUCCUGA